AUUUUCUCAGAGCCGCUCUCUUAUCUUCUGAAGAGUGCUUCCAUCUCUCUUUGAGCUCAGCGGAUGCUGAGGUCAGCCCCUUCUUGGUGAGCUCGUCUUCCCGAUCGCUUUUCCGGCCUAGAGAUGGUGCUAAUUGAAGAUCCAUUUGAGAUUUUUCAGUCAGUGUGACGUGUUUCUAGAAGGAUUAUCUCUGAAUUUUCCGCUGUCGUGAAUUCUCGAUCUGUUCCAUUGGAAGGAAUCGCAUUCAGCUAAACUUAGCACAUUAGCUUCUUCCAUCUGAACAUAUUUUCGAAUUCAUUUAGUUUCAGUUCUUUGUAAAGAAAUGGCCCAGGAGAGCUGGAAUGAGAUCGAUGAGACUGAAAUCCAAAAGCCCGAGGGUCCUAUUCUUUGUGCAAAUAAUUGUGGCUUCUUCGGUAGUCCAAUGACCAACAAUCUGUGCUCAAAAUGCUACAGAGAUCUUGUGAUGAAUCAAAAUGUGUUGGAAGUAGCGAAGCAAGCUACUGUAGCAUCUUCUUCUGUGGUGAUUGAAUCAGUUCCAGCGCAAGAACAGAAAUUCAGUGUUGAAACUGUAGGAAAUGUCGAUAAGAAGGCUUCAGAGGAGGCACUUAACAAGCAACAGCAAAAUCGUUGCUUGUCAUGCAGAAGAAGGGUGGGUCUAACAGGUUUCAAGUGUCGAUGUGGGAGCACAUUCUGCUCUACUCAUCGUUACCCUGAACUCCAUGAAUGCUCAUUCGACUACAAAUGUGCAGGUAGGGAGGCCAUAGCCAAGGAGAACCCUGUUGUGAAAGCUGAGAAAAUUGAAAAGAUCUGAUACUGUGGAACUGAAGAAUAUUGGAUGAUAGUGAAGCUGAUUCCUCAGGUAUCCUUAAGUUGCUACUUUCCUGAUUGCUGCGUGUAUUUUUCAAAUCAUAACUAUUGUAAUCAGAUCUGAAUGUGUGGCUUCUCUGUUUGCUAGCUUUGUAUUCAAUGGCCAAGCUUAUGUUGUUUUUUCCAUUUUAUGAACUUGUGAUGUGUCAUCUCAUGAGUGAAGAAGGUCGUCAUGUUUCUGAUUGAAUCCAGCAAGUCUGGUGUUAUUGUUUUCAUUGUGCUAAUUUGUUAUCUGUUCAGAUGA